AUGGCGGAGCAAGACCUCGCGAGUCUUCUCGCCCCUCUCCCCCCCUCGCCCAUCGAAGGAAAUGCAGAGGUGGACGCACGGGGGUGUACCGAGGGCGAGGACAACCAGUACAAGGAGGAAGUGUCCGCCACCCAAGCAAACCGCUUGUGGUAUCAAGGGCACUCGGCGUUGACGGUGUUGAAGGAGGAGCGGCAGCGCGACCUGCGGCAACUGCAACUCACGCAGCAGGCCAAGAGCUUGUCCGAUGAGUUGUACACGACGAUCCCAGCGGGGGGUGCACGAGACUACUGCCGAGCUUACCGCGAAAUACAGCUGGGUGCGGUAGACGGCCAGGGUCUACAGCUGGUCGAGAAAAUGCGCGACACCCAAAAGGCUCACCGCAACAUGCUGGACAUGGAGCCCGGUUUCCUUGGCUAGCAGUGACCUUGGCCGGCCGGCCGGAAGUGGGGGGGGUACAUGGUGCUGUAGAGAGUUACAUGUAUGUGUUGUUGAAGAUUGUAUAGUUGUAUAUUUUACGCAGCGUGGGUGUUGUUGUUGGCUUUGUAUUACAGGUUAAGCAUAGGUGUGGUUGUGUGCAAAAUAUCGUGCGGUGAUGCCGUAAAAGUCUGCUUUUUUGUCCGGUCGUGUUGAGACAUAUCUGUUCGAGUUUGUGCACGCGCAUGUUGGCAUCGUGAGCUUUUAAUACAUGUUUCACAUCAUCACGACCAGUGGGUACACCUCAUGUACGUCAUGGGCUGGUAGGCAGCGCCAGUGUGGCUCCUGCCAACUACACCGCUUUCGCACACGUCUCUACGGUCCCUAGACCCCUCAUUUUCCUAUAUAAAUGGUGUGCCCCUGCACCCAGGUUCUGAGGCCAGAACGAAAUUCUGGAUUUCCCGCGCGGUUUUUUCGAAUGAGAAACUGAAAUUUUGAGACGGCAUCUGCAUGAGUACAACCAAAAAAAAUACCACUGCGCCAUUUGGAUUUUGUUUUUAG